AUGUUGCUCAGUAAAAAGAAAAAAGUUCUUCUACAUCUGCUUUUAGAAGAAGUAGACGAAGAAGAAAUGAUAAUCAAACAUAUACUAUGUAAUAAAGCAAAAAAAGUUCACGAGAUGUUUCGAGCUAGAAAAAUGGAAGGUUUUUUUAAUAUUUUAAUUGAAAAGCAUUUAUAUCGAGACGACAGAAAAUUUAGAGAGUUUUUUAGGCUAAGUUGGGAUCAAUUCAACUAUGUUCUAAACCUCAUCGAAGAUGACAUAAAAAUAAACCCUUGUAACAAAGUUGGAGAACCAAUUACUGCGGCUGAAAAAUUAGCAAUAACAUUAAGGUAA